AUGAAAGAAAACCUAUCCAUUAAUGGAAGAAGUGCAGGGGGGUUGCUUAUUGGUGCUGUUGUGAACAUGAGACCUGAUUUAUUUAAGGCUACUAUAGCUGGAGUACCAUUUGUAGAUGUUGUGACUACAAUGCUUGGUCCAACUAUUCCUCUUACAACUGCAGAAUGGGAGGGAUGGGGUGAUCCUCGAAAAGAAGAGUUCUACUUUUACAUGAAAUCAUAUUCACUAGUUGACAAUGUUGUCAAGAGUUAUAUUCAGGAUGUGAUUGAUAAAGAUGGUGAGGGGUUCACUAUGGUCACAAAAAAAGCUGGAAAUGCAGGGACUGCUACUGUGAAGGGGUACGGUACAUGUGAUAUUCAUCCCAAUGUUUCUGGAAGCAAAUGUAGUAAUUGGAAUGGAGGGGAUAACAAAAGAGGAAGCUAUAAUAGUGUUAAUAAGGAUAAGCAGGGGCAGUCUUCUCCUGAUUCUAUGGAAAAGAUAUCAGCAGAAUCCUGUCCUGCUUCUGAUCUGUUGGUCAAUAAUUCUGACAGUGGUCAAACUGAGGCUAUAGAAUCUAAGUGUGAUACCAGGGUGAAUUCCAAUCUUGGGAACCAUGAUUGUUUAAAUCCUAUGAAUGACAUCCUUGAUACCAUGUAA